AUGGAUACCAAAGACGUGUCAGAGAGUGCCGUGUUCAUCGCGUUCAUGAACAAGGUCCAAGAUGCUGCGGCAAAGGCGAUCCAGAGAAAGGGCGAGAUGGUAACAGAUCACCCUUCCCGGGAGCAAGCCAUCGCCGACUACACCAGGCAGAUGCAGGCCUCGUUGACCCGUCCAAAUAAGGAUCAGACAAAGGCCUUGGUCACCGCCACCCAGAUCCCCCCUUCCUAUCUGCCCUGCAUCGUCCCCGCUCAGGAUCUCGAGCCAAUCAAGAUUACAGAGAUGAGACUCGAGACUCAUCACCGCGGGAAGAAGGUUACCAUGCGCGUACUCACCCAGCCUGAUCGACUGUUAGGCGUUGUAGCUCUCGCUGAGGACGAGCAUGGAACGGCGGUGUUGCUGCAGCUCUACCAACUGCCCGACGAAGCCCUGGUUCCACAGACCGAGAUCCUUGCACCUGGCAUAAUCUGCAUCGUCAAGGAGCCCUACUACAAGCAGACUACAAAGGGUCGUUACUCUGUGAGAGUUGAUCACCUUGGCGACAUUGUCUGGCUGAGCGCGGGCGAUGAACGUAUUCCCUCGCAAUGGAAGAAAUCCGGUGCCAGCUUGAACAGUGAUAGCACGGAUAUUCGCACACAGGGCAACCAUGCUGUGCAGAAUCAGAACUGGGCAGCGGCACAGCGACUGUACUCGACAGCUAUCCGAGUGGCAAAGGCACCCGAAGAAGAGCGACUUGCUUCCUUGAACCGUUCCCUGACGAACCUCAAGCUUGGCCGACCUGAGAAGGCGCUGUCAGAUGCCAUCCAGGGUCACGAUCCCGCUGCCCCAACUGAGAAGUCGCUGUUCCGCGAAGCUCGAGCGCUGUACGACCUCAGAGACUUUGAUCAGUGCAUGGUCAAACUCCAGCUCCUCGCAGAGUCGUACCCGGACAACAAAGCCGUCGGCCCAGAGAUGAAGCGUGUCAAGGCUAGACUGAACGAACAGCAGAAGGGCGAGUACUCCUUCAGCCAGAUGUACAAGCAGGCGAGAAAGGAUCCUCCACUCAUCGACUGUGCCGACUUCUCCGCUCCCGUGGAAGUACGCUCGUCUCCCGGCCGCGGUCAAGGGCUAUUCACCACCAAGGCCGUCUCUGCUGGAGACUUGCUUCUCUGUGAGAAGGCAUUCGCGUACAGCCAUAUUCACGAAGAUGACGAUUCAACCAACCUUUUGAUGAACUUGGAGACACAGCGAAUGAUUGUUGGUGGUCAAGCAACCCUCUUAUCGCAGAUCGUGCAGAAGCUAUUCCACAGCCCAGAGUCGUCUCGUGCAUUCCUGGAUCUGCACCAUGGAGAUUACAAGCCUGUCACAGUUACUGAAUGUGAUGGAGCUCCCGUCGUCGACUCCUUUCUGGUCGAGCGGAUCAUGACCCUCAACUCCUUCGCCAGUCCCCGAACCAGCCGCGCUUCGUUCAAGAUGUCGAUCUCCCAGAGUGGCGAAGACAGAACCUUUGGAACAUGUGGAAUCUGGCUGCUCGCCUCCAAGCUCAACCACUCCUGCGUCGACAACUGCCGUCGCUCUUUCAUCGGUGAUAUGCAGAUCAUCCGAGCUACCAAGGACCUUCCCGCCAACACGGAGCUUCUUUUCGUCUAUCGCUCCCCUGAGCCGUUGGAAUCGUACCAGGAUGUUCAGAAGGGUCUCUCUAGCUGGGGAUUCAAGUGCGAAUGCGAACUUUGCUUGGAGAGAAAGGCCACGUGCGACACGGUCCUUCAGAAGCGUCGGGCGAUCGACCAGGACUUGAAGCGUCUCCUGCGCAACACCAAGUUCUCCCAAGUCACUAAGGCUCGCCAGCUACUCCACAACCUUGAACACACCUACGUCGGAAAGGAGCCUGACGCCCCUCGACUGGAGCUCUCGCAGCACCGUAUCGGACUAGGUUGCCAUCUCGUGGAGAUGAACCAGCCAAAGGCGGCCAUCGAAAUGAUUGUCAAGGGUCUGGAAGCUUUGGGCUGUAUCAUCAUCGCGUGUCCUCCCGGCAAGAAGUCAACCCGACCAAAGCUUGAGGUGAAGCGAUGGGGCAUCACGACUUGCCAUCUGCCAUGGGCUUUCCUUCAGCUCUACCAGGCAUACGGGGGCUUUGCUCCCGAGCUGUGCCAGGUUGCUCGAGGGUACCUUGAGAUGUCUUAUUGCAUUGCUGUCGGGGAGAAGGAAACAUGCAAGGACACGGUUCCAGGAUUUUUCUAA